AUGGCCGAUUCACAACAACCCGCCGAGUUGAAGCAUGAGUCUUCAGACGGUGGCGACCUGGGCGCAAAUGGUGCCGAAGUCGCUGCCGCCGAUGCACCAGAGACACAAUCAACAGAUGCUCAGCCGUCGGCCAACUCAAAUGGAACGACGUCGACUAAUCCUUUAGAUGCCCCAAACGCACCGCGGGCUCAAGAUGAUCCAGAAGGCGAACAGGAGGAUGCUGAAAUGGGUGGAGUUGACGAGGACGCAAAGGUCGAAGAUGUCGACGCUGAAAAGGACGGCGCGGAAGAAUCUCAAGAAACUCCGGCCGCGACACAAGCCACAGAUGGUCAGGCAGCACAGGCAAAGUCCAGCCUUGAAGCCGCAGCCAAUUCGCACCUCGUCGCGCAGACACAUCAAAUCAUCCUCCCCAGUUAUAGCACAUGGUUCGACAUGCACACGGUUCACGCUCUGGAAAAGAAAUCACUGCCCGAGUUUUUCAACAGCCGCAACCGCAGCAAGACACCCGCCGUGUACAAAGAUUACCGCGAUUUUAUGAUCAACACCUACCGGUUGAACCCUGUCGAGUACCUCACAGUCACUGCAUGUCGGAGAAAUUUGGCUGGCGAUGUCUGUGCGAUAAUGCGAGUGCAUGCCUUUCUAGAGCAAUGGGGUCUCAUCAACUAUCAAGUUGAUCCACAGACUCGCCCUGCGAAUAUAGGUCCCCCAUUCACAGGCCAUUUCAGAGUCACAGCAGACACACCUCGAGGCUUGCAACCGUUCCAACCUGCCCAAAACACUUUCACAACUCCUGGAAAGCCACAUCCCGCAACUGAUCGGGCAGCUUCGGCAACUCCUGCGUCAAAGGCAGACUUGAAUCUUGAACUACGACGGAACGUCUACGAUGACAAAGGGAAAGAAGUCAAAAAGACCGAAGAUGCAGAGAAACAAACAAAUGGCGAAGGGGCGACUGCUAAUGGCGCAGGUUCCGGCGCUGCUGCAACCAAGGCCAUGGACGCUGCUGCAAGAGAACCCAUCAAAAGUUUCAACUGCUUCUCGUGCGGAAUCGAUUGUACGAGAUGUCGCUUCCACUACGCCAAAUCAGAUCCCGUUUCAGGCACUGCAAACGCCAGUGAGCUCAAGUACGACCUAUGCCCGAACUGCUAUUUCCAAUCUCGAAUGCCGUCCAAUCAUCGCUCGUCCGACUUUGUGAAGAUGGAGGAGCCAGCAUAUUCCCAUAUUCCCGACAAGAGUGCCGCCUGGACAGAUUCAGAAAUUCUCUUGCUCCUGGAAGGUCUGGAGAAUUUUGACAAUGACUGGAAUGAGAUCUCGAAACAUGUUGGUACUCGAACCAGAGAAGAAUGUGUACUGAAGUUCUUGCAACUCGACAUUCAGGAUCAGUACCUCGAAGAUGGGCCACUGAAUGGAUCCUCGGCGCUGAAGGCGCUGACAGGAAGAAGCGCCAUUAGUCAAUUGGACAAUCCGGUGAUGUCGGUAGUCAGCUUCCUUGCGCAAAUGGCGGACCCUGAUGUGGUUGCCGCGGCGUCAAAUCGUUCCAUUGCCGUUAUGCAGAAGCAGCUGCGGGCACAGCUUGAGAAGGGCAUGGGAGGAACCGAGCAAACUACGACCGGCGAGACGGAAAAGGGAGAAGUCAAGUCAGAAGAUCAGAUGGAAGUCGACGAGUCAGCUCCUCCGGCCGAGCAGCCAGCAACUGAGCCCAAUGGGUCAGCCAAAGUCAUCAACGACAUCGCCACGACAGCAGUUGCCGCAGUUGCUGCACGUGCCAGCGGCCUUGCUUCUCAUGAGGAAAGGGAGAUCACCAGAAUGGUAUCGGCAGCUGUCAACCUCACGCUGCAGAAGUUCGAGUUGAAGAUGGCGCAGUUCGCGGAGAUGGAAGAAAUCGUACAAGCCGAGCGCCGGGAUCUCGAGAAGGGCCGACAGCAACUGUUUUUGGAUCGCCUGUCAUUCAAGAAGAGAAUGAAAGAGAUGGAGAACACGUUCCGUCAAGCCAGCCUGAAGGACCCGCAAGAGGGGAUGCGCAUGAUGCAAGAAGCCGUCGGCACCAAUUCGGGCCAGAAGUUUGGCUUCACGUCAGAAAGCGACAGAGGCGAAGGUGUUGUUGUCAACGUGACUGCCGAUUCGGGUGAGGCAAGGACUAUGGAGCUCUAG